GCAGGCGUAGUACCUUCUCGUGAACGAAACCUCGGAGCGUUCGGAUUGUUCGAAGUCGAAAGUGGCAACGAGCGAUUGCGAAAAGAGGAGGGCGAUCGUAUAUUUUAUCGCGCGCGCCAAUACGGAAAUCUUUGAGAACGCACUUAUCAACGCACGUCGCAGCACGGGCACGCAGAGUCGAGACUCGAAAGUCUCUAUAGCCGCAGUUAUCCAGGAACAUGGCUACCGCGAAUCAGCACUGAUGACGUUCCGUGUUUUGCUAUCUACCUAUCGUCGCUCGAGUCUCUGCUCAUACCUGUAUAUAGCAUUCGCGCUUGCUCCGAGCUGCUGAUACCUUAUAUACAUAUGUGUCAGUCUUAUAUGUAUGCACGCAACGUAAAUAUACGCGCGCGAGGUGUGCGACGGCCUGAACGAGUGUGUCGACAAGUGUUAUUUAGCUGUCCCAUCGAACAGCCAGUAUAGAGUCUCGCUGCUGCGCUGCUGCUGCUUCGCGUAAGCCUGGCAAAUUUGCCGUAUGCGCGUGUGUCACACUAACGCUGCCGAGCCACAAUACAUUAAAUAUCGUGCAUAAGUGCCCCGCUGCCCCGGAGAAAGAACCGACACCACGCAACAUCUGGCUGGAGUUUUGAAACUUUCCUCUUCGUUUCAUCGCGAAUCCUUUCUUUUCGCCCGCAAAUUGUAGUAUUUCGCGCGAUUCAUUUUUUCCAAAACCUCUACUCAACAUGAUGAACAUGUGGAAAGUGCGUGAAUUGAUGGAUAAGGCGACGAACGUCGUAAUGAACUACACCGACACUGAAGCCAAAGUGCGCGAAGCAACCAAUGACGAUGCAUGGGGCCCAACUGGUGGUAUGAUGCAGGAGCUUGCCCAGGCUACGUUCACAUACGAGCAAUUUCCGGAAGUCAUGUCGAUGCUUUGGAAACGUAUGCUCCAAGAAAACAAAAGAAAUUGGCGUCGCACCUACAAGUCACUUCUAUUGCUGAACUACCUCGUGAGAAAUGGUUCGGAACGAGUAGUCACGUCAUCUCGCGAACAUAUCUAUGACUUGCGUUCCCUAGAAAAUUACACUUACGUCGAUGAGUUUGGCAAAGAUCAGGGCAUCAACAUCCGGCACAAAGUACGCGAGCUCAUUGAUUUUAUUCAAGAUGACGAUAAAUUACGCGAGGAACGCAAAAAAGCCAAGAAAAACAAGGAUAAGUACAUCGGUAUGUCGAGUGAGGCCAUGGGUAUGAGGAUGGGUGUCGGCGCGGCUGAUCGCUGGAUGGACAAUCCCAAAUGGAGUGGAAACUCGACCACGACCGGCAGUAGAGGCAGCGAGGGAUAUACCGACUGGGAUAAAGAUCGCCGAAAAGGAAGUCGAGGAUUCGAGGAUGGAAGCAAUAGUGACGUCGAAAUCGACGAAUCCGAUAGGCGCGGAAUGUCGAACACGAGGUCUGUCGCGAAUGCGCUCGACCGCCGCGAAUAUAAGGACGAGAAUGCCGAACGUUUGCCAAAAGUCAGCUCAGUCGUAUCACAACAGCCCAAUGCUACGAGCAUUGUGUCACCUACGAGAGCACCGAGAGUAAUCAAGAAAGUGGAUCUCGGCGCUGCAGCCAACUACGGUCGAGAACAGAAUUUUAUGCAGGAGCCGACGAAACCGCCAGUAGCGACACAAAAAAACAGAAAUGAUAUUCUCAAUGAUAUAUUCGAUUCGCAAAAUGACAAUAAUGGUGCUGUGGUGAAAGGUGACGACGACGACGACUUUAAUCCAAGAGCUGCGGACAAUUACGUUCCACUUGCGUCUGCAGCGCCUGUGAUAGCUCAACCGACCGUCGGCGAAUUUGGUGAUUUUGCUUCAGCUUUUGAUGCUACAACAACGACGGCAACCGCAACGACGACAACGAAUAAAUCGACGACAGACGAAUUUGCUGAUUUCACCUCAGCCUUUGACAAUGGUCUUACAAUCUCGCAGCAUCAGACAGUUCAACAGCCGCAGAUGUCUUUGCUUAACUCCUCAAUGCCAAACAUUGCAAGCAGUAACGCGCUGGACAAUCUCAUGAGUGCAACGCCAAUGAGUGCACAAAUCAACACUGGUUUCGGUGGAAAUGACUUGUUGAAUUCUCAGCCACAGAUUGUCAAUAAUAGCAAUAAUAAUUCCACUCUAUCGAAUACCGAUCUUUUGUCGGACUUGACAGAUUUUAACGCCCCGAUGGUGCCUUCUUUGGGUCAAAAUAAUCUGAAUAAUGCUAACUUGAUGAAUACAAAUCCAUUGAAUGCUCUUAAUACUACAGCUCAUUUUGGCAUUCAAGCGGAAAAACGCAUGGGCGAGCAACUAAUAGAAGUCUUACGAGCAGUGGGUUCAUCCAAAAGCCAAAGCAAAUUGAAAAAAAUCAACGAGUAUAUCCUUGAAUACGUUAAGUAUCUACCAGGAACGUUGACACCUCAAAAAUUCGUCGGUGAAGAUUCUGACUACAACCUGGAUGACGUCUUGUACAGUGAAGUUUUGAAGAAUUUAAUGAACACAUUUGAUGAUAACUGGCCUGUGUCAAAUGAUCAAUUGGAUAAAAUAGUAAAACAUUUAAUUGUUAUUGAUGGAGCCGAUAAUCGAAUUCUUAAUGAAAUAAUGUUGUGCCACCACGAAGCAUUAAAGGAAGCUAUGAAUCUGAAUGUCAUUAAGUGUCAUGCGUUACUUAUGGAAGAACUUUUCAAAAGUGAUGCUCUAUAUUCUGCUAUUGUAAAAUCGAGUCGGAAAAUUGAAGAGGUAAAUUUGGAUUAUCACUGUAAUGAUGAAAUCUGGCAAUCACUCUUUCAAGAAAUAUCUUCUGUACCUAGUCGGAUUGCUAAUAAAAUGGAACGUGAUUUUCUUCUCACUUUCAGGUCUGACAAUUUUACAGAUAUUCUUUCGUUUCACGUUCUCAGAGCAAUCCACUUUCUGUAUGAAAUUGAUAAAGCUUACAAAAUUGAAAUUAAUACUAGUGUAAUUUCAAAAUUUCUUGACAAAAUGCUUUUUAGCAUUAGAUCUAAUUGGACAACACUUGUGGAUGUUCUCAUAGAAUGGUGUAUUUCGGAUAUUAGUAUGAAGAGCUUGAUACAAAAUAUUCUCCAAGAUAUCAGUACUCAGAGCAUUGAUACAAUAGCUGUUCUGUUUUUAGAGCACGAUAAAUUUAAUUCUUCAAUUUUAUCUCCCUUAAUUAAUAGCCCUGAUUGGCGUUACAUUUUUAUGAAGAAACUUCCAUUUAUGUCUUACUUUAGUAAAGAUGUAAUUGCCAAAAAUCUCAUUUCUUGCAUUUACCAAAGUCAAACUAAUGAGGACAAAAUUCUUUUGGAUCUUGCUACGGAGCUUCUUGAAAUUUGGAGCGAUAAAAGUGUAAUGCAUCAUACGAUCUUUGAACAACAUCUUUACAUUACUAAACUGAUUGUUCUCUCUAUGAAAUCUAUAAAGGGUAGUCUCAGACUACCUGAAAAAGAUAGAAUACUACAAUUAAUAAUGUCUGGUGUUUCCACGCAUUUAUCCGCAAUGGAUCAAGAUUUGAGAGUUGUUGGGAUGAUUACUGGCGAAUUAAUUACAAAUUUGUUAAUGGAGGACAAGUGCAAAGAUGUACCAACGUUAAAAUUUGAAUAUGAUGGUCUGAAAGAGAGUGCCAGCAAUAUAGCGGAAGUACUAAAAACUCUUUUUAACGAAAAAGAAAGAAAAAAUAUUUCUAUCAUAUCACAACAAAGUUUAUUAAUUGGCGAUCUGGAAUUUCCUAAUCCAGCGAAUAAGAAAGUUUAUGACUUGGGUGUAAAAUGCAAGAUUCUUAAAGAAAUUUCUGGUCUUGAAACUGUCACUGGUGAAACAGUUGACGUGUGCCCUAACGUUAGUUAUACUGCUCGCAGCGUUGUAAAAAAACCAACAAUCCACCAAGAAAGCAACGAUGAGGAAUUGGAUAGUGACGAUGACUUAGUACCUUAUGAUAUGUCAAACGAUGUUAAAAUCACGGAGAAGCACAGACCAGUCUAUCUGCGUGAUUUACGAGAUAAUCUUGUAAAUGUUGAUUCACGCAAUCAAGAACAAGAAGCCGACAUAUUCGAGGAGACACUAAAAGCCAGUGAGAAUCUUAUAUUGGCUCAACUACCACGUGAUGAUCAAACAUUCGCCGUAGAAUUACUCGAUAUAUAUCUCAAUCUUACGCAACGCAGUCAAGUGGACGAUUUUGAAGUCCUCAUUUUCCGGUCCUGUGUAGCCAUUGUCAUGUGCCAUCCAAAAGAGACGGCAAAUUUCCUUUGUCGAGAAUUCCACACUGAAAUAUCGAGAUAUUCUGUUCAACAGCGCAUUUUAAUAUUAAACAUCUUGAGCGAAUCGGCUCAGCGACUGUCUAAAAUUCCAGUUCAUGAGAAUACAUCGGAACCAAAGAGAAGAAAAGUCCAACCUAAUAAAACCGUGAGUUUGAUUAUCAAUACCGAUAAAUCGCGCAAGUACGAGACACUCUAUGACGACGAUUUCGACGACCCAGCUCAUGAUACAAAUCCUGGCCUAGAUUGGAAAGAGAUCGUUGAAGAGAGGCUCCAUAACAAGACCAGACAUUUUGCUCAUAAAUCGAAGCCGCCCGUAACAACCAUCAAUCAAUUCUCAAAGUUCGUAGAUUCGUUCUUUUUUCCUCUAAUUUAUGGAUUUUGCGACAGAAAUAGUUUUGUUUACACUUUGCCGCAUAACUUCCGUGAUUUCGAAGAUUUACUCUUAACUAAAUACUUGGAAACAUUGGCUACUAUAAUGUCAGCUGCCCAGAACUGUCCUAGUGCACCAAAAGUCGCCAAAGAAUUGCUCGAAAUUUGUUGGAUGCUCAAAUAUCACGAACAAGCUCGAGUCAGAUUUGCCGUAAUCAAGUGCAUUGCUUCGGUACUCGUUAGUGUACCCGAAUUCAUAAUCAAGCAAGAACUCGCGCUGAAUUUGGAAGACUUAAGGUCGUGGUUAUUAGAUGUUACUUCUGUCAACAUGUUCAGAGCAGAUACUGAUGCCGACUGCCAGAAUCUCGCCAGACAAGUUUUAUACCUCAUGAAUUCUUUGAUGUAAUACUUUCCAUUGUUAAAAAUGCCAUUUCGAACAAAUGAACUAUGUAUUAGUAUGAUCAUACAAACUUGAAUUUUUGUUAUUAAGUAAAUAAAUCGUUUUUUUUAAUUUUUUAAA